AUGCAACGAUGGUUCUACGAGAGAAAAAGUGCAUCCACGAAAUGUAGUACGACUGUGACACCAAAAAUUGAUGAUGAAUUGAGAAAAUCAUUCGACCCCGGUGCAACUUUACCAGUACAAAAUUUGGACGAACUCGUUUUUGAGGUAGGUAUAGCUACCGAACUUUGUACUGUCGACCUUAUAGGUAACACAUGUUCAUGUCGAGAGUUUCAGAUGCGACAAAUCCCAUGUUCACAUGCAUCCCGAGCUGCUUGCACAAAAGAAAAAUCAUUGUAUGAUUUGUGCUCCUCUUACUACACCACAAAAUAUUGGCGAGCUGUGUACAAUGAAGUUCUUCACCCCGUUGGCCGAGAGUCAGAUUGGGUUGUUCCUCAGUCUAUUCAUUCCGUCGAAGUUUUGCCCUCGAAUAUACGUAGAGCACCAGGUCGACCUCCUACCCAACGUCAACGGUCAAGAACUGAAAGGUCCACGUUGAGACGAAACUGCGGCCGAUGUGGGGGUUCUGGACAUAACAGACACAAUGUGGUAAUGGAUACAAAAGCAACCUAUGAAUAA